AUGGAUUCCCUUCCAAUCUUGACUGUUCUUGAAGAGUCCAAAGUAUCGCCACCACCAGCCACCGUAGCCAACAGAUCACUGCCUCUAACUUUCUUCGACUUCUUAUGGCUAACCACCCCUCCGAUUAACACUCUCUUCUUCUACGAGCUCCCAAUCACCAAAACACACUUCACUGAAACAAUCAUUCCCAAUCUGAAAAAUUCACUAUCAAUCACCCUUCAACAUUUCUUUCCUUUCGUUGGUAACUUGAUCAUAUAUCCUUCUCGUGCUCAAAACCCUGAAAUCCGAUAUGUUGAAGGCGAUUCUGUGGAGGUUACAUUUGCAGAAUGUACCCUUGAUUUCAACGAUCUUACAGGAAACCAUCCUCGAGAAUGUGAUAAGUUUUAUCAUCUUAUACCUCUUCUCCGACGCACUGCUGAAGUUUCCGAUUUCAUAUCAAUCCCAGUCUUCUCCGUUCAAGUCACACUUUUUCCCAACUCCGGAUUCUCUAUUGGAAUGACAAAUCACCAUAGCCUUGGUGAUGCUAGCACCCGGUUUUGUUUCUUGAAGGCGUGGACAUCCAUAGCUCAAUCUCGCACAGAUGAGUUGUUUCUAGCUAAUGGAAGUAUGCCGGUUUAUGACAGAAUUCUCAAAUACCCGAAACUAGACGAAAGCUAUCUGAAGAGCCAAAAGGUUGAAACUUUUGACGAUGAGUAUCAACCUGCAAGUCUUUCUGGGCCAACUGAUAAAGUUCGAGCCACGUUUAUCUUGAAACGAAGUGUCGUUAAUCGGUUGAAGGAAUUAGUUUCAAACCAACUACCAACGUUAGCAUAUGUAUCAUCUUUUACUGUUGCAUGUGGUUAUAUCUGGAGUUGCGUCGCAGAAUCACGAAACGAUGAACUGGAAGUAUUUGGUUUCACCAUUGAUUGCAGGGCACGUUUGGAUCCACCGAUUCCUGCGGCUUACUUCGGCAACUGUAUUACGUAUUGUUUGACAAUGGAGAAAACAAAGGAUUUAAAAGGAAAAGAAGGAUUCUUCAUUGCUACCAAGUUGCUUGGAGAAAGCCUACAUCAGGUCUUGACUGAUAAGGAUGGAAUCGUGAAAGAUUUAAGGUCGUUUGAUGAUUUGUUUUCUGGAGUGACGCCGACGACAGUGAUGGGGGUUGCUGGAACACCGAAGCUUAAAUUUUAUGAUUUGGAUUUCGGAUGGGGGAAGCCUAAAAAGCAGGAAACCAUUUCCACAGAUUAUAGUGGAUCCAUAUCUGUGAAUGCGUGCAAAGAAAUCAACGAAGAUCUGGAGAUCGGCGUCUGUCUUUCGGCUACUGAGAUGGAGGCUUUUGUUCGUAUUUUUGAUCAUGGAUUAGAAGCUUACAUUUAG